AUAUAUUUAGUGACAUCAGGGCCAGCGGGACAAAACAUUCUAUCAAAGAUGGCUAACAGAACAGUGUCUGAUGCUAAAACCAUCAGAGGCACAAAUCCCCAAUACCUUGUUGAAAAGAUUACAAGAACUAGAAUUUAUGAGAGUAAAUACUGGAAAGAAGAAUGUUUUGCACUUACAGCUGAACUGCUGGUUGAUAAAGCCAUGGCUUUGGAGCAUAUUGGUGGAACAUUUGGCGGGAACAUCAAGCCUACACCUUUCUUGUGUUUAGUUUUGAAGAUGUUACAAAUUCAACCAGAAAAAGAUAUCAUUGUUGAGUUCAUCAAAAAUGAAGAUUAUAAAUAUGUUCGAGCACUUGGUGCGUAUUACAUGAGACUUGUUGGAACAUCCUUAGAGUGUUACAAGUAUCUGGAACCUCUUUAUAACGAUUACAGAAAAAUGAAAAGAAAAGAUAAAAAUGGAGUGUUCCAUGUUAUUCACAUGGAUGAGUUCAUCGACGAAAUGUUAAGGGAAGAGCGAGUUUGUGAGAUCAUGCUACCACGAAUACAGAAACGGCACGUUUUAGAGGAACUGGAAGAACUUGAACCUAGAGUUAGUGCGUUGGAAGAUGACAUUGAUGACAUGGAGUCUGAUGAUGACGACGAUAUGAAGGAUUCUCCACCGAGGAAACGCAGUGAAACACCAGAGAGGAGGAGACGAAAGAGUCGCUCUCCGGAGAGAAGACGUAGGUCUCGCUCAGCAUCGCCACACCGUCGGAGUCGUAGAAGUCCAAGUCCACGACGCCACAAGCAUCGAAGUAGAAGUCGUUCGAGGUCACCUAGACGAAGACGUCACCGCUCACGAUCUCGUUCUCGAUCUCCCAAACGCAGUAGAAGAUAAUGUUGUGACGUGGGUGAAGUUUGUUUUUUAAAAAAACACUUGUUCCCAGUCUCCUUGUAAAUAGAUUCGAUAUGCAUUUUAA